AUGCUCUUCUCGUACGGCGUCGCGAUUGCAGUGCUGAAUUCGGUUGUCAAUGCCCUGUGCGACCCCCUGCGCAAGUAUUUAACUACCUGUAUGGACCCGUUCACGGUCGUAGCACUGCGUGGACUCAUCCAAGCGCCGCUUUUUGUCGCCUGGGCGAUCGUCGACUCGGGUGGCCAAUUGCCGCGUCUCAAUCGCCUCUUCUGGACGUCCGUCUGUGUCAGUGGCAGCAUCAACGUCGUCACGAGCUACUUGUACAUUCGCGCGAUCCAGAUCUCGACGCUCUCGGCCACAGUGCCGUUCCUGUCGUUCACGCCGGCGUUUCUGGUAAUUGUGGCGUUCCUCGUGCUAGGUGAAGUCCCUACGCUGUUUGGUGUACUGGGCAUCGGCAUUGCCACGUUGGGCGGGUUCUGGCUCCAGGGCGCCAAGGACGACCACCCGAGCAAGGGCCUUCUUGUGAUGGACUCGUCGCGCAACGGGUCCAUGUACAUGAUGCUUGUGGCGUUCUUGUGGAGCAUCUCGAACGCGUUCGACAAGAUUGGCGUGCAGAACGCGACGCCGCUGGUCUAUGGCGCGGCCAUUCAGGUGAUCGUGGCUGGAGGCAGCUGUGUCUUGCAAACCAUGCGCGUUGGAGAGAGGGACGUUCUUCCGACUGGGCACGAGAGAAAGAUCCCGUGGAAAGCUGUUGUGCUCACGGGUAUCACAAGUGUUAUUGCGUACUACGUGAACCUCGUGGCGACGCAGCUUCUGGAAGUGUCCUACGUGAUUGCCAUCAAGCGAUCCGGCUGUCUAUGGAGCGUCCUGAUGGGGCGCUUUUUCUUUGGCGAGCGGAAUCUCAGGCAGAAACUCCCCAGCAUCUUGCUAAUGGUCCUCGGUGUCGUCUGUAUAGUCGUGGGCAAAGACUCGAGCGCCACGCGCAAGUGA